AUGCCUUCCUUCACCACCGUCGCGGUCGCCUCCUUCUUCGCCAUCGGCGCUUUUGCUCGCCCAGCUGCUCAGGUCGAGAAGCGCCAUGGUGGCGGAUACUGCCUGUCCGGGGACGAGGCCCAGCAAGUCGCUACCAACUACGGCAACCUCAUCGCCGAUUACACUGAUGCCUUAGCCGACGCUGCUUUGGCCCCAAGCUUCACCGACUACUCCGAGUCCGUCAACAGCCUGAUCAACGAGUGCCCUCAAGGUUCCGCUGCUCACACCUUGCCACUCCUCAGUCCCAGCUUCACCAACCGCAGCUCCUUCGAGCUCGGCCAGGGCCAGCAAGCUCCCAUCAACUUCUAUCAGCUCCAGAUGUGGCACAGCUGUGACACCGUCAUCGUCCGCUGGGAGACGACCAAUACCGCCAAUAUCACCAACGUCCGCCCUGUUGUCGGCAUAAUCACGAUGGAGACUUGCGAGGCGCCGGCCGGGAAUCAGUACCCUUACUACGUCGACACCGUCUACUCCGAAUUCGAUGCUGCCGCCUGGCUCUCCAACAUCCGCGACGCUGGUUUCUGCCCACCCGCAAACACCACUACUGCCGCAGCUUCUUCCGCCCCAGUUGCUGCGCAGCCUGCUGCUACCACUGGCGCUGCUGGCGGUCCUGCAGCUGGGCAUUAA